UAUGGGGCUGAAAGCAGGCGUUAAGCCAAAUCGUGAUGUGUCUGUGGUAGUCACGGUGGGGCGAGCGGAGCAGAGUAGAUCAGAUGGAGCCUGUCUGGGAUUAAGGUUCACUCACUCGCUGCUUCUGUUUCUGCUGCUGCUGCUGCUGCUGGUUACUCUGUCUCCACCUGCUGCCUCUUCACUGAACAAUCUCCCGCUGUAACUGUCCCCUGGACCCUCAACCUCCCCCACCCUGUAUCUACUACCUCUCCUCGUUGUUUCGUUAUUAAAGCGGGUUGCAUCGGAUGGCAAAUUUGACAUGCCAUCGCGGAGGUACUGGAAAAGCUGUGGCGGCGCCAAUGAGCGCCUGUUUUCUGUUGUCACAAGUUUUUAGCCAUUUCAACAUCCCACACUCCAUUUCUGGCCAAACAAAUUGGCCGAACAUAGGGUAUAAGUAAUAAUUAACGGAUUCGCGAUGUCACUUCAUGCGUCUAAGUUAAUUCUUGGGCGCUGCUAAAAUUUUGACAACACGUAAAGGUGUGUCACAAACAGGUACUCUUACUUCAAGAAAUUAAGAGGCGACCACUAAAUUUUCCGGCACAGCGGAAUGAAUUGAAGAUAAUAGCGACUUCUGAAAGUAUGCCUCAAAGUUUGAAGUCUACGGUAGCUUUGUCUUUGAGCUCUCACUGUGAGAGGGAGGAAUCUCUGAUGAUCAAGCUUAAACACCCGCUGAGUGGACUUUUUGAGAACUUGCGCAAUGUUUUUGAAGCUGACGAGAUCGGGAAGGAGAUCGCUAAUAUCGCAUUCCCAGCACUUUUGGCUCUGGCAGCAGACCCGAUCGCGUCGUUGGUAGACUCAGCAUUUGUUGGACACAUAGGUUCGGUGGAGCUUGGAGCAAUUGGUGUUUCUAUUUCUAUAUUUAACCUGGUAUCGAAGAUGUUUAACCUGCCACUUCUGAACAUCACAACAUCGUUUGUAGCUGAGGACGCUGUGCAGAAAGCGGUCCUCACCGACUUCCCAUUGGAGCCCAGCUCACCUGUCUUGAAAGGCCUGUUUUCUGUAGAAAGUUUGAACGACAACGGGGAGAUAUGCGAAAUUGCAGAAGCAAAUAUGCCUGCAGAAAAGCCGUGUCUUCCUUCAAUUUCUUCCGCACUGGUCGUUGGAGCAAUUUUGGGACUUGGAGAAGCUUUUAUUCUUGCUUUUCUAGCAGGACCAAUUUUGACAGUGAUGGGUGUUGGUUCGUCAUCACCAAUGCGACUACCAGCUGUUCAGUAUUUGAGGUUGAAAGCUGUCGGCGCUCCAGCUGUGGUAGUUGCCCUGGCUGUUCAGGGUGUUUUCCGGGGUUUCAUGGAUACCAAAACUCCACUGUAUGCGACCAUGACGGGAAACGUUGUCAACAUUGUUCUCGAUCCUCUUCUCAUAUUUACUCUAGAGCUUGGUGUAAGCGGGGCUGCGAUUGCGACGGUUGUUUCACAGUUUGUGGUUUUAGGAGUUCUACUUUGGAUUUUAGCUAUGAAGGUGACUUUAUUACCACCACGCAUGGAAGAGUUGCGGCUGGGUCGGUUCUUGAAAUCAGGAGGGUAUCUGCUGGCGAGGACCGUCGCUAUUCUCUUGGUCAUGACAUUGUCAACAUCGAUGGCUGCAAGACAAGGCCCUAUUCAGAUGGCAGGCCAUCAAAUCUGCCUGCAAAUAUGGCUUGCGGCAUCCCUUCUCUCUGACUCAAUUGCGUUGGCUGGGCAGGCGAUAAUUGCUGCUGCCUUUGCCAAGCUCGAUAACAUCCGCGUCCGAGAGGCUUCAUUUCGGAUCUUACAGAUUGGAUUCGUCUUUGGAGUUUUCGUGGCCUUGUUAUUGGAAGCAACCUUGUCUGCAUUCUCUAGAUUGUUUACCACAGAUGCUGAUGUUUUAGCUGUCAUCAAGCGUCUCAUUCACUUUGUGGCUCUAACUCAACCAAUCAACUCAUUAGCAUUUGUCUUUGAUGGCAUUCAUUAUGGAGCGUCAGACUUUCCUUAUGCUGCUUACUCAAUGAUAAUGGCAUCAGUACCUUCAGCUGCAUUUCUUCUUGUGUUGCCUCAUCUUUGGGGCAUUGUGGCGGUAUGGUGGGGAUUAACCAUAGUGAUGAGCCUACGAUUGGGUGUUGGAUUUUUAAGAAUUGGUACAGCUACUGGACCGUGGAAUUUUCUGAAGGGUGGUGACGUUGAAUAGAAUGUGUUCAUCAGGCCAUGAGCACAAGAGCUGAUAAGUCAAGUCAACAAAUAAAUGACUGAGCAGUUUGAUCUAUUCCAGUCCUCAGAUUCCUUGUGUCAUAGAUUGGCUUUAAGCUAACUCCACUUUACUUCAGGAACAUGAAAGUCUCAUUACUGAUCCUAAAAGGCAGAUUUUGUACCAACACACCACCUAGGAUGGUUAUACUUCUCAGCUCUUGAUGACAGAAAUCCCACUUGAAUAAAAUGUUAAUGUCCAACAUAACCCAAGUUCUCCAGAAAAAUCUACUGAUCUCGGCUA